AUGCGUCUCCGCGUCAACAAGACGCCCUCGUGCAGCGUGCCGCGCCGUGUGCCAAAACGCGCCAGGAGGCGUAACAAGAGAAAACCCGUGCACGACGCACUGUCCGGCCUGCUCACCGGACAGCUCCCUUUUUCGCUGCAUCCGCUGCACUCGCGCACCCGCACCCCACAGCCUGCAUCCGCUUUCUUGGCACGCUGCACGGCGAAGAAAAACUGCGUCACGAUUUCCGCGUUGUGUCGAUCUCGAAUUACCACAACGGGCAAAAAGACGCUAAUGGUAAAAUUUUCACUUGAUUACCAAUCGAUUCACACCACGGAUCUCAGCAGAGGUCAGAGGAGUUUCAGGAUGGAUGCGGUUUCAGUUUGCAGCGUUUCGCAGCGUUUCGUAUCGUUUCGUUUCGUUUCGUUCGUUGUUUGCAAUUCACUACCACUUGUGCAACGGGCAGUGAGUGCAACGGGCAGUAAGUGCAACGACUGGCGUACUCCCGUAUCGACUUGUGUGCUCUUGCAAAGCUUAUUUCAGUUUCGUGUCCAGAUCACCCUGGGUUCUGGGCCGUGGCAGGUAUAUAGAUAUACACAAGAACUACUCGCAAAGACUUCAAGGAAGCAUCCACUCAUUUUUUCUCCGUGA